AUGAAGGGUCAUGUAAAAGAGAUCAUACUUCAUCGGACUAGGAUGCCACAGGAAAUGCUUUUGAACCUUCCUGACCCCAAGCUGCAUUUCGAGAUAUUUCUCCUCUGGUAUUGAAAGAAUAUUUCUUUUAGGUUCGGAAUGUCCUUCUCAGCAAGGAUUAAUGAGAAUGCUCCCCAGUUGAAGACUUCAAAAAAUGGUGGCACAAAAUUGUCAGAUAUAAUUACAGGUACGCAUUCAUAA